AAUUCAAACUUCAGACAGAGGACGAACGCCAUUAGAGCAAGAAGUACUACUAAGCUCACAUCUCAUACUCUACAGAGAUGCAGUGUUCGAGCACGGCCGUUGCUUCUUGCUUGCGUCUGCUUGCGACCAUUUUUCUCCUCCUUGCAAUGGCUGGUCGCUGCCACUCGCAGCAAAUGGAUCAUAUUCAGCUCAGCAGAAUUCAAGGCUCCAUCGAAGCCCUCACUCACGUGGUACAAGAGCUUUCGGAGAACGUCACCUCAGGAAUCGGGAAGCUUUCGGACGUCACAGCAGGAAUCGGGAAGCUUUCAGACGUCACAGCAGGAAUCGGGAAGCUUUCGGACGUCACAGCAGGAAUCGGGAAGCUUUCGGAGAACGUCACCUCAGGAAUCGGGAAAAUGUUCAACUUAUUGGCCAUAGAUCAUCUUUACUGUGAAAACGGUUGGGUGAAGCUGAGAUCCUCCUGUUACUUCCUUGGCAAAGACACCAGCACCUGGGAACAGAGCCGUCAGAAAUGCUUAGCCUUGGAUUCCGACUUGGUCACAAUCACUCGUGAUGAGGAGUACAACUUCCUCCGUGAUCUUGCAAAAGGUCACAGCACCUAUGUAGGACUGAAUGACCUGCAGGAAGAAGGGACCUACAGAUGGGUUGCAGAUGGCACCAUCCACCAAAUCGUUGAAUCAUGGUGGGUUGAAGGCGAACCCAACAACCAAGGUUCACGAGAACACUGUGUCCAUUUCUUUCACUACAAAGGCGAUCGCCUAAAUGAUCACAUUUGUACCAAUAAGUUCAGAUAUAUCUGCGAGAAACCUGCCCAACUGGAUUGGAACUCUGAUUCAGUGUCAGAAUAAGAAAAUGCCCACAGACAUUGAAAAUGGAAGAUGCAUUUGGACUAAGAAUUCCUUUGAAGUGUCUACAUCAAGUGAAAUUGCCUGCUUUUUUAUGUGCUUGUAUUUCUUAAGCUGUAUCCUGUUGGACAACUCCAUAGUUCAUGUUAACAUUUCUUCAAUUAACAGUAAUAUAAGAGCAAUAUUUAGGUUUUACUACUGUAUGCUACCUGUUUAACAAUUGGUUAACCUUUUGACUACUAGUUAUACCCUCCACAUAUAUGUUUUAUGUGUUUCGUAUGUAUAAAGGUAUCUAUUUGUUAAUAGAACUGAAGUGCUAUGUGAACUAUAUUUCUUUCCGAGUAGUUUCUGUGCGAUGUUUCACUCUCUCUCUCUCUCUCCAGUGAGCAGAAUGUGGCAUCCAGGAAAGUAGUUUUUUCAUUUCAAUAAACAUAGUUGAUC